AUGGUCACAGAGAUCUGUGCCCACAUUGCCAAUGACCUCACACCUCACAGCACUGGUCGUCAUGCCCUGCCAGUAGCCAUCAACAUUACUGUGGCCUUGAACCUCUUGGCUCCAGGCUCCUUACAAGGAUCAGCUGCAGACCUUAAGGGCAUCUCAAGGGCAUCUCACAAUGUUGCAUAUCACUGCAUCUCACAGUUCACUGAUGCCCUCUUUGCCCGAACUGGAUGGUACAUUCAUUUCAUGACAGAUGCAGCUUCAGAGGGACAGGGGGCACUAGGUUUCACCACCAUCACUGGAUCCCUCCAGGGGCAGGGAAUUAUCAGUUGCACCCAUGUGGCCAUCAAGGCACCCAGUAACCAGCCAGUUAGACCCAUCAACAGGAAAGGCUUCCACACCCUCAAUGUGGAAUCACAAAAGGGCUUUCUCCAUAUGUGCACUUGCUUUCCUGACAGCUGCCAACAUUCCUUCAUCCUCCGGAAGUCCAGGCUGCCUCAGAUUUUCAUUCCAACCCAGAGUACACGGAAUGAUCCUAGGGGACAAGCGUUGUCCCCUGAAGACAAUGCUUCUCACCCUUUAAAGGAGCCCCAAACAGAAGUAUGGAAGUUGUACAGUCAAUGCUACUCGCUCAGUAGGACAGCCGUUGAGCAGUCCAUUGGGCUCCUGAUCAUGUGGUUCCAGUACCUGGACAGAUCAGGUAGUGCCCUCCAAUAUCCUCUUGCAAGGGUCUCGAUCGAUAUGGUUGUUUACUCUGCUCUCCAUUACAUGGCCCUCCAGAGAGAUGUGGGUCUUGAGGACAAGGAGAAACCUUAUCUGGGGAGGAGCAGGAGGUAA